UCGACGGAAGACAGUAAAACAAAAUUUGAUUGAUUUCAUUGUUUUUGAUCGAAUUUCCCGAGAAAAAUCAUGUUAGUGCUCGUCUUGGGAGACCUUCACAUUCCUCAUCGGUGUGGCAAUCUACCGCUAAAGUUCAAAAAACUCCUUGUGCCUGGGCGGAUUCAUCACAUCCUCGUAACUGGAAAUCUCUGCACCAAAGAGUCCCACGACUAUUUGAAGACCUUGGCAUCCGACGUGCACAUCGUUCGUGGCGAUUUCGACGACAACCCGAGUUAUCCGGAACAGAAAGUCGUCACAGUCGGACAAUUUCGCAUCGGUUUAGUUCACGGUCAUCAAGUAAUUCCAUGGGGAGACCCGGAUUCGUUGGCAAUAAUUCAGCGACAAUUGGAUGUCGAUAUUCUCAUUAGUGGGCAUACGCACAAAUUCGAGGCGUACGAGCACGAAAAUAAGUUUUACAUCAAUCCGGGAUCCGCUACGGGCGCUUAUAAUCCCGUCGCCGAUCCGAGCAACAUUAUUCCGUCGUUCGUGCUGAUGGAUAUUCAGAGUUCGACAGUUGUUACGUACGUUUAUCAGUUAGUGGGAGACGAAGUCAAGGUUGAACGGAUCGAAUACAAGAAGAGCUAAGCAUUUUUUCGUGACAUUUAAUCAAAUUUCUUACAUUAAUCGCAAUAAAAAUGAAAAAAAGUUUAUGUAUUCUCAUUAA